CUGAGAAAAAGAAAACACAGGCUAAGAAAAAAAAAUCAAGAAAAGAUGCCGAACGGUGGAAGUUUUUGAUCUUUUCCUUUACGGAGCUGAUAAUGUUAGCUUGGGUUACUUACUUUUUGUGUUCUGAGUUUGGGGUUUUCUUUUUUAAUACUUUUGUUAGCUGAAUUAUAUUGUGAACUGUCCGCUGCUGGCACGAAAGCAACAUAAAACUUUCUUACAAAUUUUGAUUGCCUUCUAAUUGAUAUGAUCGAGGUUGAACAUACGGGCGGUUCUUCAUCUCAAGCAAACAGUGAAAAUGGGAACCAUUCCCAUUUUCACCCUGAAGAAAGUACAUCAGAACUGGCCAAUGAAUUUCGUAGUGAAUGUUUACUUACUGAAGCAAAUGGUUCUGGAUUUAUGAACACAGAAACAUCAGAAGAGACUGCUGAACAUUCCCAACCACUUUGUAAUGAUUUGUCCAAGAAUACUAUUAGUGAAAGUUUAGGGUUGUUACCCGAAGAUUCAAGCAAGAACAUCCAGGCUGAUCAGAUUUCAUCUCCCCAACUUUGUAGUGCAGAGCCAACAGUUAGCUCUGGUGAAUUGCCAGAGCAGCAACAACAGCUUGAUUCUCAAAGUUUACCCAAUGGUAUAGGAAAUAGUUUAUCUACUGGUGUUUCUAAUGAAGCCGUGGAAUUGAAUCCCAAAGAUAUAAUCAUGAGUAAUGGUGGCAAGCAUUUACAAUUACCUUCUAAAGAUGCAAACCCUUUAGGAUUGCCUCAAGAACUUGCUUCAACAAAUCCUACCAUUCAACAACCGGAUCACCAUUGUGAAGACAUGUCCAAAGAUUCUGGCCUGGAACAGCAUGAAACAACGCCUAAAAAUUUGGUCAAGAAUUCUGGCCAACGCAAGGGUGGAAAAACUUCCAAACAAGUACAGAAAAAAAAUCUAAGAUCUUUGAGAAGCAGUGACAGGGUUUUGCGCUCAAAAUCACAAGAGAAAUCUAAAGCUACUGAGUCCAGCAAGAAAUCUACUGCUACUGAGUUGAGCAAGAAAUCUACUGCUACUGAGUCGAGCAAGAAAUCUACUGCUACUGAGUCGAGCAAGAAAUCUACUGUUACUGAUUCAAGCAAGAAAUCUACUGCUACUGAGUCGAGCAAGAAACCUACUGCUACUGAGUCGAGCAAGAAAUCUACUGCUACCGAGUCGAGCAAGAAACUUACUGCUACCGAGUCAAGCAAGAAAUCUACUGCUACUGAGUCAAGCAAGAAAUCUACUGCUACUGAGUCAAGCAAGAAAUCUACUGCUACUGAGUCGAGCAAGAAAUCUACUGCUACUGAGUCGAGCAAUAAAUUGACCAAUGUUGGUCCUAGCAAGCAGCAAAAAAGGAAGAAGAGGAAGAGGGAGAAGAAGGAAGAAAAAAAAGAAGUUUCUGAUGAAUAUUUAAGAAUCAGGAAGCAUCUUAGGUAUUUAUUGAAUCGAAUAAGCUAUGAGCGAUGUCUGAUUGCUGCAUAUUCUGCGGAAGGCUGGAAGGGACUAAGCCUAGAAAAGUUAAAGCCAGAGAAGGAGCUUCAACGUGCUGCAUCUGAAAUUCUUCGACGUAAAUUGAAAAUUAGAGAUUUAUUUCAACGUAUUGAGUCAUUGUGUACCGAAGGAAGGCUUGCAGAAUCUUUAUUUGAUUCUGAAGGAGAAAUUGACAGUGAGGAUAUAUUCUGCGCAAUAUGUGGGUCCAAAGACAUUCCUGCCAACAAUGAUAUCAUACUUUGUGAUGGCGCUUGUGACCGAGGAUUCCAUCAAUAUUGCUUGCAACCGCCUUUGCUAAAAGAAGACAUUCCUCCAGAUGAUGAGGGUUGGCUAUGCCCCGGAUGUGAUUGCAAAUUUGAUUGUAUCGAAUUAGUUAAUGAAUCUCAAGGAACAAAUUUUUCUCUUGAAGACAGUUGGGAGAAAGUCUUUCCAGAGGCAGCUCUAGCUGCAGGCGGACAAAAUCAGGAUCCUAACUAUGGAUUACCUUCAGAUGAUUCUGAUGAUAAUGAUUAUAAUCCUGAUAUUUCAGAAAAUGACGAAAAGGAUCAGGAAGAUGAGUCAAGUUCUGAUGAAUCUGAUUUCACUUCAACAUCUGAUGAAGUGGAACUGCCAGCUAAAGUUGAUCCUUAUUUGGGGCUUCCAUCUGACGAUUCUGAGGAUGAUGAUUAUAACCCUGAUGGUCCGGAUCAGGAUCAUGACAAUGUGGCUAAGUCGGAAAGUUUAAGUUCAGAUUUUUCCUCUGAUUCUGAUGAUCUUGGUGCUAUGUUAGUAGAUGAUAUUUCUUCUCAAAAAGGUCACAUGUCUAAUGGUUCUUCCAGAAAAUCCAAGAGUAAAAAACCUAAACUCGGUGGAAAGAAGUCUUUGAACAGUGAGGUGUUAACAACAAUGGAACCAGCUUCCGGAGAAGAUGAUGCUACUGUUUCUGAGAAACGAAGCAUUCCAAGGUUGGACUACAAAAGGCUAUAUGAUGAGACAUAUGGCAAUGUUCCUUCUAGUUCUAGUGAUGACGAAGAUUGGAACGAUGGCACAGCACCAAGAAAAAAGAAGAAACGUAAUGCUGAAGUGGCUACAACAUCAGCAAAUGGAAAUGCUUCUCCAACUGGUAGUGUCUCGGUUUCCAAUGGUUUAAAGAACCCAGGAGAGAAGCGUGCACCUAGGAGAAGCGCCAAUGGUUUAAAGCAGAACCGAGGAGAGCGGCAUACAACUAAGAGAAGUGCCAAUGGUUUAAAGCAGAACCCAGAAGAGGAUCAUACACCUAGAAGACGCACUCGGAAGAAGUCAAAUCAGAAGGGUACUGCUAAAUUACCCAAAGCCACUCCUAAAUCACCUGCUAAAUUACCGGAACCCACUCCCACACCUGGUUCGAGCGGUAAAAAGGCUGGUUCAUCGACAUAUAAAAGACUAGGAGAAGCUGUAACGCAGGGACUUCAAAAAUCCUUCAAGCAAAAUCAGUACCCUGAUCGAGCCAUGAAAGAGAGUUUGGCUAAAGAGCUUGGAAUUACGUUCCGACAGGUUAGCAAAUGGUUCGAAAAUGCUCGCUGGUUCUUCAACAAUUCAAAUAAUGUUUCUGGAGAAUCACCCAAAAAAGUUGCAGGUAAUGAUAUUACCCCAUCGGCUCGUCGAAAGAAGAAGUGAAAAAGAAAUGGAGAAAUGAUAAAAUGGUGUCCUGGAAUUCAGGCUGUUGAUGUAGUUUCAAAAUCAUGAUAAGAGAUUCAAAAAUCGUUAUAUCGAAUGCAACAUGGAAGGCGAUGAAUUUUACAAUUUUAGAUUUGUCUCCUUGGACAAAAUUUUAACCAAACGUUUAAAAAAAAAAAAAAACCCCUUUUUGUUGUCUGUAUUUUGUAAUUUACUGAUUCAAAAGAACCUUUUAAGACGAAACAAGUAGGGAUGUAAUCACGGUUUUAUGAAGCUUAAACUUGAUUCGAAGUUUGGUUUAAGUUUUAGUUAAGGUGUUUAACCGAAUGUGAUUCGGUAAUUUUUUAGUUGAGUUCGAGUUGAGUUAGAGCAGUUGAAGCCAAGGUCAUUGUAUGAUACAAUUAUCCAAGUUAACUAAACGAUUCCGAGGAUUCAGGUUGAAAGAACGAAUGGGGAGGGGAUUAACAGUAUCUUGUGUGGCAACGUGCGGCCAGCCACCGCGACAAGGUUUGACUGAUCCAUCUCAUGUAUGCUUAAAUUUGUAGCUAUUAGUCUCUGUAUUAUGCUAAAGUUCAGAAUUUUUUCUACUUUUUAAAAUUUUAAAUUCCAGUUCCGUUAAACUCA